AUGCUUUGCUUCUUCUUCUUAAGCAGAGCCAAUCAGAGAAGAGAGAGAGAUAGAUAGAGUUCUUCUUAAUGUUAAUUUAUUUAAAUGUUAAAUCACAGUAAAUUAACUUUGGCCACAAAUACUAUGCUUUGGCUACAUGUUUGCAGCCUUAGUCUAUGUGUUCCAUAAAACCGAUAUUAUUUAUGUGCCAGUAAAUCUAUCAUUUUAUUAAAGAAAUCUCAAAAUGUGUGAAAAACAUGAAGAAUGGUCCAAAUAUGCUAGAAUAUAUGAUCCAAUUAAAAUAGGUUCUAUCGAUGGUACAGACGUGGAACCACACGACCGAGGAAUAGAAAGAGCUAUAAACUCCAAAUAUGUACCAAAUCGUCAUAUUAAAGGCAAACCAGAGUGUACAAUAUUUGUCAGUCGUUUGAGUUACCAAACCACCAGAGAUACUAUUAAAGAGGUAUUUUCUAAAUAUGGAAAACUAAGGAGGUUCAGGUUGGUUAGAGAUAUUGUCACUGGUAUGCCUAAAGGUUACGCAUUCAUUGAAUAUGAAUCUGAAAGUUCAGCUGAAGAUGCUUACCGUAAUGCUAAUAGACUCAAUAUAGAUGGAAACAUAAUUUUUGUAGAUUUUGAGUGUGAACGCUUAUUGAAAGGUUGGAAACCUAGGAGGCUUGGUGGAGGAUUUAGUGGAAAGAAAGAAUCAGGUCAACUGAGAUUUGGUGGAAGAGACAGGCCCUUUAAAAAGCCAGUUAGUCUAGAGUUGAAGGAAGAAGAGGAAGAAAGAAAAGAUCGGCUAAAAAGAAGAGAAAGGGAAGAAAGGGAGAGUAGAGAUAGAAGAUAUGAAAAGAAACGUCCAAGAUCGUCUAGAAGUUGAGUUUUGUUCACAAAGAGGCACUAUAUACCCUUUCUAAGAGACUGCAGAAUUUUCAAAAUUCACUUCAAGUGUGUAGUAAACUCUUUCAUUAUUUAUUUCUUUAUAGUGACAGUGUACUGUGCCUGAAUGAAAAAAGACUUAUAAUCAGAUGCAUGAAGUCCUAAAUUAAAACAUAUUUUGUAUGAGAAAUAUUUGAAUGUUGUUUAAUUCUGAUUGAUUGUUCUUGGUUCAUAGUCAUCCAAAAUACAGAAAUACAAAAUCCA